ACUCCGUAUGAUCCAUGGAAUUGUUAUAAUAGGUCAAAUACUAAGAAAUUCGAAGUGUAUUCCUACCGUAAAAUCAUAUUGUAUCAACCUAUCUCUAAUCAAAUUCAAGAACUAUACGGAUAGGCAUGUCAAAUCCGACACAAAUCGUGCGGACAUGCGAAAUCUCGUCUCCACAUUAGUUCUACGGUAGUCAUCGGUCCUUCUUGUUGAGCUGUGAGCGAUGAGGUCGCAUCUGCUGACUCUUUUCUGAUUACCAUUGAUGGACAUAAUGGACGUAAAAACCGGUGUCUUGAAUUGUGUAUCAGUCGGAGGGAUUUCGUACAGCCCUUUUGUGCAUUAGAUCCAAAACGAAAAUGCUGGUUUACAAUACCAUCAAAUUGUACAUACGAUCUUGUAAUGUGUUUGAGAAAGCAGGCGAAGUUACCCCCUUAUAAGGCCCCGAAUAUUGUGGAUGGUGAAUGUCACAUAAUUGGGAAAGAACCAUGGUGUGAAACAAUUGUCAAGAAUCAAGGGACGCCACAUCCUUCAAUACCAGAAGACACAACAGCAAAAUCUACAACAAAAUUAGACAUAACAGAAAAACCAAUAACAGAAAUGCCAACAACAGAAAUGCCAACAACAGAAAAACCAACAACAGAAAAGCCAACAACAGAAACGCCAACAACAGAAGAAGACACAACAGAAAAAACAACAACAGAAAAAACAACCACAGAGGAAGUCACAACAGAAGAAGACACAACAGAAAAACCAACAACCGAAGCAGACACAGCAAAAGAAGACAUAACAGAAAGAGACACAACAGAAAAAUCAACAGCACAAGAAAAAACCACAGAAGAACCCACAACAGAAACAGGCACAACAAACGAAGUCACAACCGCAGAAGACACAACGCAAAAAGAAACAUCAGAAGAAGUUACAACAGAAGAAGACACAACAGAAGAAGACACAACAGAAGAAAGCUCAACAGAAGAAUACACAACAGGAAAAACAACAACAGAAAAACCAACCACAGAAGAAUACACAACAGAAGAAAGCACAACAGAAGAAUACACAACAGAAGAAAGCACAACAGAAGAAUACACAACAGAAGAAUACACAACAGAGAAACCAACCACGGAAGAAUACACAACAGAAGAAAACAGAACAGAAGAAAGCACAACAGAAGAAAACACAACAGAAGAAAGCACAACAGAAGAAUAUACAACAGAAAAACCAACCACGGAAGAAUAUACUACAGAAGAAAGAACAACAGAAGAAAGCACAACAGAAAAAUACACAACAGAAAACCAAACCACGGAAGAAUACACAACAGAAGAAAGCACAACAGAAGAAAACAGGACAGAAGAAAGCACAACAGAAGAAAACACAACAGAAGAAACGAUAGAUGAAUAUACAACAGAAGAGGACACAACAGAAAAACUAACAACACACGAAGACACAACCGAAGAAGACACAACAGAAGAAGAAACAACAGAAGAGGACACAACAGAAGCAUACACCACAGAAGAAGAUACAACAGAAAAACCAACAACAGACGAAGACACAACCGAAGAAAACACAACAGAAGUAGAAACAACACAAAAAGAAACAACAGAAGAAGUCACACCAGAAAAACCAACAACAGGCGAAGACACAACCGAAGAAGACACAACCGAAGAAAGCACAGCUGAAGAAGAAACAAUAGAAAAUGCAACAACAGAAAAAUCAACAACAGAAGAGGACACAACAGAAGAAUACAUAACAGAAGAGGACACAACAGUAGAGGACACAACAGAAGAAGUCACAACAGAAGAGAACACAACUGAAGAAUACACAACCGAAGAAGAAACAACAGAAAAAGAAACAACAGAAGAAGUCACACCAGAAAAACCAACAAAAGAAAAACUAACAACAGGCGAAGACACAACCGAAGAAGACACAACCGAAGAGAACACAACAGAAGAAUACACAGCUGAAGAAGAAACAAUAGAAAAUGCAACAACAGAAAAAUCAACAACAGAAGAGGACACAACAGAAGAAUACAUAACAGAAGAGGACACAACAGUAGAGGACAGAACAGAAGAAGUCACAACAGAAGAGAACACAACAGAAGAAUACACAACCGAAGAAGAAACAACAGAAAAAGAAACAACAGAAGAAGUCACACCAGAAAAACCAACAAAAGAAAAACUAACAACAGGCGAAGACACAACCGAAGAGAACACAACAGAAGGAUACACAGCUGAAGAAGAAACAAUAGAAAAUGCAACAACAGAAAAAUCAACAACAGAAGAGGACACAACAGAAGAAUACAUAACAGAAGAGGACGCAACAGUAGAGGACACAAUAGAAGAAGUCACAGCAGAAGAGAACAUAACAGAAGAAGAAACAACAGAAAAAGAAACAACAGAAGAAGUCACACCAGAAAAACCAACAACAGGCGAAGACACAACCGAAGAAGACACAACAGAAGAAGACACAACAGAAGUGGACACAACAGAAGAAAACACAACAGAAGAAGUAACAACAGAAAAAAGCACAACUGAAGAAGAAACAAUAGAAAAUGCAACAACAGAAAAAUCAACAACAGGAGAGGACACAAUAGCAGAAUACAUAACAGAAGAGGACGCAACAGUAGAGGACACAAUAGAAGAAGUCACAGCAGAAGAGAACAUAACAGAAGAAGAAACAACAGAAAAAGAAACAACAGAAGAAGUCACACAAGAAAAACCAACAACAGGCGAAGACACAACCGAAGAAGACACAACCGAAGAAAGCACAGCUGAAGAAGAAACAAUAGAAAAUGCAACAACAGAAAAAUCAACAACAGAAAAGGACACAACAGAAGAAUACAUAACAGAAGAAGACACAACAGAAAACCAAACAAUAGAGAAGAACACAAUAGAAGAAGAAACGACAACAGAAGCAGACAUAAAAGAAGAAGACGUAAAGUACACAACAGAAGAAGAAGCAAUAGAAGAAGACAUAGCAGAAGACGGCAAGAUAGAAGAAGGCCCAACAGAAAAACUCAAAGAAGAAGAAUACACAACAGAAGAAAACACAACAGACGAGGACUCAUCAGAGAAACCAAAAUCAGAGGAAGACACAUCGAAAGAAAUAGCCACAGAGACACCCAAAUCAGAAGAACAGAUAUCGCAGGAAGCACCUGACGGGGCACCUUUCUUCGAAGGACACAUAUCAAAGGAAGAACCCAACGAGACACCAAAAUCAGAAGAAGACACAUCGCAGGAAGAACUUGCAUGGGGACCUAAAUUACCCGAAUUCAUAUCGAAGGAAGAACCUGCAGAGAAACUUAAAUCAUCAGAGCACACAUCGCAGGAAGCACCUGACGGGGCACCUUUCUUCGAAGGACACAUAUCAAAGGAAGAACCCAACGAGACACCAAAAUCAGAAGAAGACACAUCGACAGAAGAACAAAAAGAGAAACCAAAAUCAGAGGAAGACACAUCGAAAGAAAAAGCCACAGAGACACCCAAAUCAGAAGAACACACAUCGCAGGACGCACCUGACGGGGCACCUUUCUUCGAAGGACACAUAUCAAAGGAAGAACCCAACGAGACACCAAAAUCAGAAGAAGACACAUCGCAGGAAGCACCUGACGGGGCACCUUUCUUCGAACCACACAUAUCAAAGGAAAAACCCAACGAGACACCAAAAUCAGAAGAAGACACAUCGACAGAAGAACAAAAAGAGAAACCAAAAUCAGAGGAAGACACAUCGAAAGAAAAAGCCACAGAGACACCCAAAUCAGAAGAACACACAUCGCAGGACGCACCUGACGGGGCACCUUUCUUCGAAGGACACAUAUCAAAGGAAGAACCCAACGAGACACCAAAAUCAGAAGAAGACACAUCGCAGGAAGCACCUGACGGGGCACCUUUCUUCGAAGGACACAUAUCAAAGGAAGAACCCAACGAGACACCAAAAUCAGAAGAAGACACAUCGCAGGAAGAACUUGCAUGGGGACCUAAAUUACCCGAAUUCAUAUCCAAGGAAGAACCUGCAGAGAAACUUAAAUCAGAAGAGCACACAUCGAAGGAAGAACCAAACGAGACACCAAAAUCAGAAGAAGACACAUCGCAGGAAGAACUUGCAUGGGGACCUAAAUUACCCGAAUUCAUAUCCAAGGAAGAACCUGCAGAGAAACUUAAAUCAGAAGAGCACACAUCGAAGGAAGAACCAAACGAGACACCAAAAUCAGAAGAAGACACAUCGCAGGAAGAACUUGCAUGGGGACCUAAAUUACCCGAAUUCAUAUCCAAGGAAGAACCUGCAGAGAAACUUAAAUCAUCAGAGCACACAUCGCAGGAAGCACCUGACGGGGCACCUUUCUUCGAAGGACACAUAUCAAAGGAAUAACCCAACGAGACACCAAAAUAAGAAGAAGACACAUCGACAGAAGAAC